AUGUGGUGGUUUAUUUUAUUAACUUACGCUUCCGUUGGGCAUGCAUUACGUCUUGCGGCGUAUAUUUCUUCCGGCGGACUUCACGGAGAAAUUCGAUUCGAGAAAGCAACAGAAACAUCUGUAAGAAUUCGAUUUUCACUUCAAGCUACACUCCAAUAUCCGGAUCAACAAUGGUUUUGGUCAGUUACUCAAUUCCCUGUUGAUUAUACUGUUGUCAACGAUAGAUGCAACCGUCGAUACAUUGGAGAAAGUGUCAUCGAUUUGACAGAAUUUGUUGGACCACUGGAUAUGCCCGGAAAUGAAACAGGAUCGGUGGAAGUUUCAGGAAUAAGCUUAACAGGCAAAAAAGGUUUAUGGGGUAAAAGCUUGCUCUUUCAGGAUUCAUAUUCGGACAGAACCAUUUGCGCCUCAAUCACGGUACUCGAGAAAAAUGUAGAAAAAUUUGCGGAAGCACAUUUUUACGGACCUAUAGCGGGAACUAUUUGGUUCCGUUGGUUGGGUGGUCACAUUGGUGCUAACACCACCGAUACGAUAAUUUACGUGGAUUUGCAUCACGUAAAUAAACAGAAAUUACAAAGUGUGGACUACACAGAACAUUACUGGAAGAUUUAUGUAACUGACAUUUUUGACAUCAGUAAAGAUAAAUCGAGUUGCAACAUUCUACAAUCUGUCUUUGAUCCAAAUAAUGCUGGUAAUGGAAAAGCCAUCGGCGAUGUUGAUACACGUUUAGGCAAACUAAAAGUGGCUACCAACUAUCAGAAAAGGUAUAAAACUUUGUACAGAGAUUCCGAAUUGUCUCUGCUACCUGCUGAUUUGCUUGGCCCUCACCGUCUAUUAUACUUAGUGAUCUUUCAUCCGACGCACGACGAUUCCUUUUUAGUUUGUGGCAAGAUUAAUCAUCGGAAAUCAAUUUUGGCCAAAACUUUAAUUAGUUCUCAUGGCAUAAAAGGAGAGGUAGUAUUGACUCAAGUAACUCCGUUCGAGCCAACAUGGGUUAAUAUUUCCUUAACGCCUGUCAAUGACUUAGAAACAAGAUUGAGAUAUGCGACUAAAAUACAUUCAUACAAAAUUCAUGCAUUGCCACCAAAGGUAACAGAAACACUAAGUAAUACUGACGAAUUAUGUGAAACGACUAAAGAUGUAUAUAAUCCAAGUAAUAUUAACGUAACAAUUGUGCCACCAGCAGGAUUUGGAACUCAAGAUCAAUAUGCUAUUGGUGAUCUUUCUGGGAAACUUCAAAAUCGCAAAGAAGGAUCGUAUCAUUAUGAUAUUUUACCAGGAAGUGCGAAACUUACUGGAAUUUAUUGGGACACAUAUCUUCCUCUUUCAGGAAGCUACAGUGUCGUUCAUAGAAGCCUUCUUCUUCACAAAUAUAAUGAAACCGAUAAUACGAGUGCAGUACCAUGGAUGUGUGGUACUUUGAAUCUUUACUUGCCAGAUAAUACUGGAGAAAUGCCAAUGUUAACUGCACAAGUAGUAUACAGAUAUCCUAUUGUUGGAAGAAUAAUUUUCCGUCAGCCACAAAAUUAUCCUGAAAUGGACACUACUAUCAUAAUUGAAAAUUUAAUUCAUGCAGAUGGUAAUACUUUAAACAAUUCGGCAUUACAUAGAUGGAUGAUUCAUGACAAUCCGCCAGGUAAAGAUUACUAUAACUGGACAGGCAGAUGUUUGAGCGCCGGAGAAUCUUAUAACCCAUAUAAAGUAGAACAGGAUUCGAAUUCUGAAUACUGUUCAAUGGAUGAAAUAACAUUGUGUAGGGCAGGAGAUCUAACAAGACAUGGUACGAUUGAUAUUGCUGGUAGAAAACUCUAUGGAUCUACUUUAACACGAAAAUUGUUUACGGAUACAAUGUUAUCUUUGUCGGGACCUAAUAGUAUAUUAGGAAAAAGUUUGGUAAUAUAUGAUGACCAUGGACCACGCGCAAGAGGAGAAAGACUAGCAUGCUCAAUAAUUAGUAGAGUGUAUAAUCGCAAAGCUGUAGCAAGAGAUUGGUUUGGAAACGGAGAGAAUAUUUCGUUAAGAGGAAAACUGGAAUUCGUACAACAAACUGAAUAUGAUGUUACGAACAUAGAAGUAAAUUUAGAUGGUCUUAGUGGAAUAAUGAGUGGAUAUCAUGUACACAUGACUUCGAUAGAACAAGAUUUGGAAUUUCCAUGCGAAAGUACAUCUUUAUAUGGACAUUGGAAUCCAUUCAGCAUCAAUGGGAGUAACACACCGCUUCCCAAUGAAGGAACUUCUGAUCAAUACGAAGUUGGUGAUCUCAGUGGAAAAUUUGGUACAUUGGAGAACAGGAAAAAAUAUACAUCAACUUUUAAUGAUACGAUCCUUCCAUUGUUUGGAUCAAAAAGUAUAUUAGGCAGAAGCAUAGUAAUUCACAAAAAGAAAAAGAAUAUAAGAUGGGCAUGUUCAACCAUAGAAAGAGGAUAUGCACCAUCUGAGGCUGAUGAGUUACGAGCAAUUGCUUCUUUUCAUCAUCCACAAGGCUUUGCAUAUGGUUACAUAAGAAUGUUACAACUGGUAUAUCGAGAUGGUAGUCGGAGCGACACUGUAAUCGAAGUAAAAUUGCAACACCCUGGUAAACAUGAUCGUAAUGUUACAAAAAACCACAAUUGGGCAAUAUAUGUAAAUCCAGUGGGUGUAGAUGCAGCUGUGCAGGUAAAGGACACUAGAUGUGUGGCAGGUGGAUAUAUAUGGAAUCCUUAUUUUACACAAUUGGCUGAUCCUUUAAACGAUGAUCUAUAUAGACAAGAAUGUGGACCUGAUUUACUGUUACGAUGUUACGUAGGAGAUAUAUCAGGCAGAUUAGGUCCCAUCAAUAUAGGAUUAAAGAGACAAGUUUUUACAGAUUCUAAUUUUCCUUUAGGUGGAUCAGAAUCUGCAAUGGGUAGAUCUAUUAUUAUUUUUGAUAAAGAUUUCGGACGCAAUAGAUUUGCGUGUGCCAAUAUCGAACCAGAUAAUGACAUCGUAAAAUAUGCAAAUAUAAGAAAACCACCUCGUUUCGUGGUAGCACAAUUUUUAGAGGAUGUACGAAAAAUUAUGGGUAUUCCUGAAUGGAUGCUAUCUAUAGACAAUAGAAAAACUAAAACUUUACACAAUGGUGCAUGUAUUCAGUUUCUAUUACAUUUUAAAGGUCCAAUCGUUAAUAAAUUAGAAGAAGAUUUUAACAAACUUAUGUUAACUGGACGAUUAGAUGCACCGAGUUUAUACAUUCCAGGAUAUAUUUCUACAAAACGCAAGACUACUUUAGGUUAUCGCCUAUGUGGAAGUCGAGACCCACAUGAUAAAAGAUUUAAUAUCUCAUUUCGAAGUAUCUCUCCAUCGUUAGUACCACGAUUGUUUUUAAUUGUAACUAUAUUUAUUAUUAGCAAUAUAAUAUAGCAUACAUCCAAUAUUAAUUUCAUUGUAUACAUUUAUUAAUGCUUUGACUGCCACGUCAUCCAUAUACAUAUAGGUAACAGAACUUUUCACUAUGGAACUAAAACAAUUAAUUCUCAAGUUGAAAUGUUAAAGGAAAUAAAUUUGAAUAGGAUUCAUGAAUUUUAGGGAGGUUACGAAAAUAAGUGUUAAGACAAAUUAUGAAAUACAAUUAUCUAAAAUCAAAGUUUUGGUCUAGAAAAACAU